GAUACCAAUGUCUCCACCCUCUCUCUCUCCUGCCUGAGGAUAGUACAUUGACUCUACCAGACACAGGAGCUGUCAUCUCUGACUGAAUAAGGUUAUUCUUUAGGUAUGUUGGCAGAUCUGGAGACGAUGGCUUAUGUGACUGAGAUCAGGCUUAGCGCAGGUCGGGGCGCUUGGAGCGCAGCGCCCCCCUCCUCCUGCCCUGAGGUGGACCUGGAGGUCAUCGAGGAGUACCUGCAGGAGCACUCUAUGGAGGUCCAUCCUGCGCACACUACUGCUUCACCUCCGGCCACUGUGUCUCCACACACACACGUACACCCCCACCAGGGCACCAGGAUCACAGUGAACAGCUGGUCAGGCAAGCAUCCGUAUGAGUGGCACUCUCACACUCCUCACGAGGAAUAUGACGAGCAAGCUCUGCAUCCAGCCUGGCCUAGUCCCCAUGACAACCAAUGGGACCACAUUCCGUAUUCCUACGGGGCCCCUGGAUACUUUGACUCAGACUCGCUGUCCAGUGGCUCCCAGUACCAGGAGUACCAAGAUUCCCCGUCACCAUUGUCUGACAGGGGAGGAGGAAUUGAAAGAGACCUCCUGCCUCUUGCCCCACUUUCAGGAAAGAGGAAGGAGCGGUUGUUCCAGUUUCUAUUUGAGAUGCUCCAGACUCCAUCGAUGCGGAGCUGCAUCUGGUGGGUUCAAUCCUCCUCUGGCACGUUCCAGUUCUCCUCUGAAAACAAGGAGCGCCUGGCACAGCUGUGGGGCAAGAGGAAGGGCAAUCGCAAGACCAUGACCUACCAGAAGAUGGCGCGGGCCCUGAGGAACUACUCUCGCACAGGCGAGAUAAAAAAGGUGAAGAGAAAGCUCACCUACCGUUUCGAUGAGAAAACACUGAGAGGCCUUCAAGGAGACUCUCAUUCAGUGUAGGAGGCAUGAUGAGUAGGCAUAUCAAUGGAAUAAGUGCAAAGGAUGUUCUGAUGGUCUUCCGGUUAUCAUCCUUUCUCAUAACCUUUCUGUUUGUAAAUUAUAAGUCAAAAUAAAUUAAUACUAAGUAUUUGAAAAGCCAGAAGAUGUAUUUAUGACUGGCAUUAAAACAUAUGUAAAUCUUAAAGGUUAUCACAUAAUAUCUACUUCAUAAGUAGAAUUACAAUUAUUCUUUUUUUUUUUUAAA